CGGCGGUUUCACGUGACGUCAUCACGCAUCAUUUCUAAACAAUGCUCAGGAAAAAGCCACGUUGACGAUACAGACUGAAGAGUAGUGGACAGUUUUUGAGGCAGAAUAAAGCAGAGGUUUGCUUUGUUUGGACGGUUCGGUUCCUGCCGGCAGCAGACUGCACAUCGGAGCAGGCAUGUCGUCGCCCCCCAAGGAGAAGGUGGAAACCAAAGGCGGACAUCUCCCUGCAGUGAAAGCAGGGGGAAUGAGGAUAGUGCAGAAACAUCAGCCGACUCCUGCACCUGAGCCGCCUCAGAAAGACGACGACGAGGAGGAGUACGUCAGCAGCAGCCCUCCGAAGGCCCCGGUGAUUGUUUCCGGAGUGGUCACAAAGGGCGAUAAAGACUUCACGCCCGCAGCCGCUCAGGUGGCCCACCAGAAGCCCCAGCCUGGUGUCCCCAAGCUGCCCCCUGCGCAGCACAUCAACCAGCACAUCCACCAGCCCCGCAAGUGAGCGGGACCAGCGGGGCUCCAGCAGCUCUGCUUUUACUCCACCAGCCAGCCUUCCCAAUGGAACACGUAGGAUGAAGAUGGUUCCCAACCGGGUGCACAAACCUCUGCUAAAUGAUACCAGUAAUUUUUUUUGUUUUGUUUUAAUUUGCUUCUUGCUUUACAUAUCGAGAAAUAUUUCAGCAGCUGAUGCCACAUGUCAGUGCAAGUAUCGUAGAAGUCCUGCUUGUACCCUGCUGCGUCGGUGCUGCACUACUGUUUCUGCACUUUCAUGACCUGACCUCUCCUUCGCAGGGAUUGUUCAAUCGCUCAUCAGUCUUAACUUGAAAUAAACCGAGCUUUUCUAGCAGCAGGGUGGGGGGAGGGGGGAAAGAAAAUGAUUGUGGGUUUGGCUCUCUUCGAGCUAAAACGGCCAAUCACAACCGAGCAAAACCCAACAGGUCAGCGGAGCCUCAGCUCCAGGAUUUCCUCCAGUAAACCAUAUAGACCAAACGAGUGAAUGCAACACGUCACGUCGUCACAGUUUAACUGCAGAGCCAACCAGUGCAUCAAAGAUAAACAGAGAAAGUCAAACUAAUUACUGUGUAAUAGGCAGUAUUAACCUAUCAGAGCAUGUGCAAGCAAUUUGAGCGCAUUAUGUUUGUUCCUGUGUGCCAUUUAAUGCAAGAAAUAAUGCAAGAAAUUGUAGAAAGUGGUUUAGUGGAUCACAAAAUUGAGCUUAAAAUCAACAUUGUACACGUAGGAUGAAGAUGGUUCCCAACCGGGUGCACAAACCCAGUUGGGGUUUUCUUGUCUUUUUUUUUUUUUUUUUUUAUUAAAGACAAGAAAUAAAGCAUAAUAUCUCUGAUAUCUUAGCAUUUGUAGCUUUUGGACCAUCACAAAGCCCAUUAGGUUUAUUCCCAUUUAAUUAUUUCUUACUCUUCCUUUUUAAGUGAGUUUGAACGCCUCAUUCCAGUCUGUGUUAUAUGACUUCUGUUUAAUCCAUGGUGCAGCGGAAAUGAUGCCAAAAAACCUUAAGAAAACUGCAGCUUCUGGGAAACAACUGAAGGAUGCUUUGUGUUUGGUCUAAACAUCAAAUAAGCCGUUUAUUGAAUACAAAGAUGAACUAUCAGGUCAAGGUAAUGAUGUGCUAAUAUUAGGAUAAUUACACAACAUUCCAUGCUAAGAGAAUUUGUUUGGGCUGCAGCAUAGCGAUUUAUUUGCACAUCGGCAACAGAAACCCCAUAAUUCAAUUUUUUUUUUUUUAUUUAAUAAAACCAAAUCACUGCAUUUUUUUUUAUUACUCAUUUUCUUACAAUUCAAAUCAUUUGAUGCAACACUAAUUUUCAGGAGACAACAAAAAAAUGUAUCUUAUGAAGAAAUCAUUAUCUGUGUUCAUGUAAUUAAAUUGAAAAGGUUUCCGUUUUGUUCUGUGCUUCUUUUUUUUCUUUUUCUUUUUUUUUAAGUGAAUCACUUUAAAUGUUAAAAUCUUGAGUCAUUGAAGUGGACUUGGGUGUUAGGUGUGGUUGUCGUAGUAAAUAAAGGUUUGGAAUAUCUUGAAUGAAA